CACAUUAUUAAACGCAACAGGACCAAAACCAAAACAAACACAAUAAAGGGAGCUGCCACAACAACUGCAAUAAAAACACAAACAUAAAAUAUGCAUUCCUUCUGGUACAGAGCCAACGCUCUGUUGACGUUCGCCGUCACCAUUCUCGCUUUAAUGUGCGCCAUCGUUUCUCUCUCUGACAACCUUAACACUCCUUCUCCGACUGCCGAAAUCCAGGUGUUGAAUAUUAAUUGGUUUCAGAAGCAGACGCAUGGAAACGAUGAGGCCAGCCUGACAUUGAACAUAACCGCUGAUUUGCAAUCACUGUUUACAUGGAACACCAAACAGCUUUUCGUUUUCAUAGCAGCUGAGUAUGAAACCCCCAAGAAUGCUCUAAACCAGGUGUCACUUUGGGAUGCUAUAGUACCAACCAAAGAGUCUGCCAAGUUUUCCAUUCACACCUCAAACAAAUACCGAUUUAUUGAUCAGGGACACAAUCUCCGGGGUAAAGAAUUCAACUUGACAUUGCACUGGCAUGUCAUGCCUAGGACAGGCAAGAUGUUUGCUGAUAAAAUAGUCAUGUCUGGAUACCGCUUGCCAGAGGAAUACAGAUGAGAAAUAUCUUGAGUCUAUGAUCUCGCUGUAACUUUAGUCUUCUGUAAGGGAAUAUUAAGGAUCAGCUUAAACCGAAAACUAGAAGCAGGGAAUGUUUUUUGUUCUAUAAAGUGAGAAAAUGAACUUUGUUUGGCUUUUUAAAACUUAAAAUCUCUAUUGAAAUAUGAUGGAUUAUGAUUCUUCCCUUGGAA